UUGGAUUUAAAAAUUUUAAAUGUUACUCAAGUGAUUUAUUAGCUUGUGACGUAAAAAUAAUAAUUAUAAUAGUUAAGAAAUGUAAAUUAAAAACAAAGAAAGGGGAAAUAAAGCAAAGUGUUUGUGGAAGUAGUUAAAAACUACUGUUAAAAAAAAAUAUAAUAAAUUAAGGCAAACAAAUUUUUAAUUUUAAAAUUUCAAUUUUUUCAAAAGCCGUUUUAUUUUUUGCUUAAAAACACAUUACGGAGCGUAUGGACCUCAAACGGAGUCUUUAGCACAACCACUUAGCGCUAAAAGUACACAACUGUUAUUUUAAUUUAUCUCUUAAAACUUCGCACGCCAUGCAAUCACAUCAGGACACUUUUGGCGCUGAGGCGUCCAAACGUUAUGGCCAUCGGCGCACACCCACUUUGGGCAAAGCAAUGCCUGUCACCUCAUUGCUCUUGCACUUUCCGCCCCCCACUAUGUCCACCAUGCGUUCCAGCUGUAUGCGCGACGGCCGUACACCUGAUGAAGAGCGACCGCCACUCUACUUUCAAUUGGAGUCACCUGGCUAUGGGCACGAAAAUAGAUCAUCAAUGGAUAAUGAGUCACGAAAUCGUAGACAUGAUGACAUACAUUCAUCGUGCGAUGAGCUUAACCUUGAACAGGAAUAUGAUUUACAUGUAUCGGAGUGUAGUAGUGGCAAUGGCGAUGGCGGUCGUGAGUCGCCACAUAAUGAACACCAGGCAUCCAUUGUGGGUAAUUCCGUAUUCUAUACACCGUGCAUGACAUGCACGGACAAUGCGCCUGGCGAUAUGGGCACACGCGCCACAGCCAUUAAUGAAAUGUGUCGCCGUCUGUGCACAGAUGAGUGUCGUUUGCGUUUGAGUUUGGCCGGUUUUGAGCCACCAUCCGCAGUGACCUUGAAAUCCCGGGAAGCGCUGUCUGAAUAUGUGAAAGAGACAUGUCUGCAGCAACGAUCACAGUUGCAACAUACCGGUUCGAAGGAUCCGGUAUGUGCUGGUGCUGGUGUAGAGGAGCAAAAGAUGGGCAGUGUCGAUGUGGUCGAUAGAGUUGCGGCGGCUGUUGGAAAAGAGGAAGUAACUUUCGCCACAAAUUUAGUCACGUCCGCCACAACCGCCAAGACAUCUACCACCGCUGCAACAGUACGGCCGCCCUCAUGUAUUGCCAUACAACGUAAGAAGUUUCUCACGGACAUUUUAACAACCAGUUCAAAUGAUACAGACAGUGAUUCCAGUUUUGUUGACGAACCAAAGGAGAAGGUAGAUGCGAUGAAUAAACCAAAAAAGUUUGUUAAUAAUUUACUAGUUGCGCCAGCACGUGAGUUGGUUGAUGAAACAGCAGCAACCAUCGCAACAGUGAGAAUAAUGCCAACUACUACCGAAGCCGUACACUCCUCCAUUGGUGGUCGCUUGCAUCGCAACGACGAUGAUAAAGGCAUGAAUGCUUCCAACGCUGAUCAGCACGAGAUGGAUAAGAUGAAGGACUUCCGUGAGAAAUUCGCGAUCGCGGAAGCAUUGGCAAAAACUUCAGAAAUGACCUCAACAGCACAAAUGAAACAACGUCUGGCGGCGCGACAGCUGGAAAUUACGAAUGCUGCGGCGGUUGCGGCGGCGGCGGCGGUAGCAACGAAUAAUGUAACGGCGAAUAAAGACCGCUUACAAAAACGACAAAUAAAGCGAGCAAGACAACGACAGCGGCGACGUGAGGGGGGAGCGCCAAAUAAAAGGCGACAACAAAUACAACAGCAAGUACAACUCAAAGGUGUGCCGUCGGCCAAUAACGCGCCAACUCAUGACGCAUACACGCAUUACAACAACAACAGAAAUAUCAACAUCAAUGCGAUCGAUACGAACGAUGUGCAAAGCAAUGUUGAUAACAACAAUGAUAAACACAACAACUAUCAAGCAAGCGCCGAUCGUUAUGGUGGCGAUACCGAAAAUUCGUGUAGCAAAGACGAUGAACGCGACGACAUUCGCAACGACAACGAGAACGACAAUGACAGUGGCAGUGACAGUGAGAGUGACUGUGAAUAUGGCAGUGACAAUGACGAUGACUACGAUGACGACGACGACGACUACGGUGUUGCUAGCACAGACACGGUGGCUACCAUGAAGCAACAGCAACAAACACAACAAGAAAAUAUUGCUUGUGAUUACGAGCCGCCGCGGGACUUGCUUUUAUAUCUUGUGAGGAUGGGCUCCUUCAACUCUGCACCAAAAAUCAACAAUGUCGACUCGCAGGAUGACAGCUUAGAGAUACCAAAAGGCUUGAACGUCACCGAGUUGUUGAAACACGUGAAACAUUUGCGCGGCAUUGAUCGACCACAAUUGCUAACCAGAUACUUUGUGAAGCCAUCGUUGACUACUGAUGUAACUGAUGGAUUACGUUCACUAAAAUUGAGUGCAGUAGCCAAAGACUAUAACGUAGCCUCGACGUUACCCAACCAUAUACGCGUUUUACAGUGGAAUAUUUUAUCGCAAACACUGGGACAAAGCAAUGACGGUUUUGUACGCUGCCCGGAGGAGGCUUUAACAUGGGAAAAUCGAAAAUUUCUAAUCGUGCAAGAAAUAUUGCAGUUCAAUCCAGAUAUUAUUUGUUUGCAGGAAGUUGAUCACUUCAAGUUUUUGCAAACAAUUUUGGGCACACAAAAUUACGAUGGCAUAUUCUUUCCCAAACCCGACUCGCCAUGCUUGUACAUUGAGGAGAAUAACGGUCCCGAUGGCUGUGCUAUAUUUUAUAAGCGCGACAAAUUCGAAUUAAAGAAUUUCGAUACGCGUAUUCUCGAAGUAUGGCGCGUGCAAAGCAAUCAAGUAGCUAUUGUUGUAAAUCUUGCCGUUAAGAGUAGCGGUAAAGAGUUUUGUGUAUGUACCACACACCUGAAAGCACGACACGGUUCCCUCUUAUCGAAACUACGCAACGAGCAGGGACGCGAUCUACUGCAAUUUGUGAAACAAUUCGCUGGUGAUUUGCCCGUCUUGAUUUGUGGCGACUUCAAUGCCGAGCCCACGGAGCCCGUGUAUGCGACCGUUUUAGGUGGCAAACUCAUGAAUUUGUCCAGCGCUUAUGCAGAUAUUAAAACGGAACGCGAUGAAUGUAAUAAUGAUAGCGGUAAUGAGUUGAAGGCGAGCAAAGAGUUGGACAGUGAUGCUGAUGUGCAGACGACAGAAGAGGAUGAAACAGAUGGAGAGCAAGUGUGCGAUGAUAAAGUGUUGAAAUCAAUUCAACGUGAACCGCCUUACACCACAUGGAAGAUACGCGAGGAUGGCGAAGAGUGCCACACAAUCGACUAUGUCUUCUACACGCCCGAACAGUUUAAGGUGCGCAAUUGCUUAGAAUUUCCACGUGAUGACGAAGUUGGCAAGAAUCGUACACCUAGCUUCCAGUAUCCAUCGGAUCACUUCUCCUUGGUUUGUGACUUCGAAAUAUUAGAUAAGAAAUAAAUGUGUUUCCUGCUUUUGUAAUAUGUUUAAAAUAAAUUUUACAAAAAAAAACCAAAAAAAAAAAAAAAA